AGUGUUCUAUUUGAAAUUGCGCGGAGGCAAAACAGCUCCCAAGCUACUUUGUUGUCUACCUUCUACACUGAAGCGGCGGCAAGAGAUACACAGAGAAUCCUUUAAAAUGGCGCUUCCGAACCAGCAAACUGUCGAUUACCCUAGCUUCAAGCUUGUGAUUGUCGGUGAUGGCGGUACAGGAAAGACCACUUUUGUGAAACGUCAUCUUACUGGAGAGUUUGAGAAGAAAUAUGAACCGACGAUUGGUGUUGAAGUUCAUCCCUUGGACUUCCAUACCAACUGUGGGAAGAUCCGGUUCUACUGUUGGGAUACUGCGGGUCAGGAGAAAUUCGGUGGACUCAGAGAUGGCUAUUACAUCCAUGGGCAGUGUGCCAUUAUUAUGUUUGAUGUGACAGCACGUUUGACAUACAAGAAUGUUCCUACAUGGCACAGGGAUCUCUGCAGGGUGUGUGAGAAUAUUCCCAUUGUUCUAUGUGGAAACAAGGUUGAUGUCAAGAACAGGCAGGUGAAGGCAAAGCAGGUCACCUUCCACCGUAAGAAGAAUCUGCAGUACUAUGAGAUCUCUGCAAAGAGCAACUACAACUUUGAGAAACCUUUCCUGUAUCUUGCUAGAAAACUUGCUGGAGAUCAUAACCUCCACUUUGUUGAGUCACCUGCUCUUGCUCCUCCAGAAGUUCAUAUUGAUAUGGCCACACAAGAACAGCAUGAAGCUGAAUUGGCAGCAGCUGCAGCACAGCCUCUUCCUGACGAUGAUGACACGUUCGAGUAAAAUGGUUAUUCUUUCCCAUUUUGAAUGGAUGAAUCUUCCUCGGCUGUUUAUUUUCCCAGUUGGUAGAGGGUGUUGGUUAAUGGGAAUGCAGG